UAGGAGGGUUUCUCUUCCAAAGGUCUCGCCUUUGCUUCAAACCCUAAAUUUCCCCACCAAUCGUGGUCAAAAUCCAGUUUUUGAUCGAUUUUUCCGGCAAUCUCCAGCACAAAUGCUGAAGGUCCUCUCGCUUUCCUGUUUGCAAGGUCGGUUUCGGACCCCACCGACGAGGUUACCUCACAGUUAUUGGAACGGAGUCGAUUCUAGGUCUCCUUUGAGCCGAGGUUUUGAGGUCUUUGAGAAGUGGUGAUGGUGCAAACGCUGUGUAUUAUAGAAGGGUUUUCUUCUGCUCGGAGUCCGGCGGCGGGGGUGAUCAGCCAAUGGAAGCCAAGGCGGUGGAGGAGGUAGAGGCCGAGUCAAAAGCGUCAUCGGCCAUAGUACCGACUAAUCCUCGGCCAGAGGAUUAUCUAACGGUCAUAGCAUUGCCAUUGGCGCACAGACCAUUGUUUCCUGGAUUUUACAUGCCAAUCUAUGUGAAGGAUGCUAAACUACUGGAAGCUUUAGUUGAAAAUCGCAAAAGGUCAAUCCCGUAUGCUGGUGCAUUUCUUCUUAAGGAUGAUCCAGCAACUGAUUCUAGCCUUGGAUCAGGUUCUGAUUCAGAGAAAAGUGUUUACGAGCUUAAAGGAAAGGAAUUGUACAAACGACUUCAUGAAGUUGGUACCCUGGCUCAGAUAACCAGUAUUCAAGGAGAUCAGGUGGUUCUCAUUGGACAUCGGCGUCUGCGGAUAACGGAGAUGGUUGAUGAGGAUCCCCUUACUGUAAAAGUUGAUCAUCUAAAGGAUAAGCCAUACGAUAAAGAUGAUGAUGUCAUCAAAGCGACCUCCUUUGAAGUGAUAUCAACGUUAAGGGAUGUUCUGAAGACUAGUUCGCUCUGGAGAGAUCAUGUUCAAACUUAUACUCAGCAUAUUGGUGAUUUCAACUUUCCAAGACUAGCUGACUUUGGGGCUGCUAUUUCAGGGGCUAACAAGUUGCUUUGCCAGCAAGUGCUUGAAGAAUUAGAUGUUUACAAGCGGUUGAAGUUGACUCUAGAAUUGGUAAAGAAGGAAAUGGAGAUUAGUAAAAUACAGGAAUCUAUUGCGAAAGCUAUUGAAGAAAAAAUAAGUGGUGAGCAAAGGCGCUAUCUGUUAAAUGAGCAACUUAAAGCAAUUAAAAAGGAGCUGGGUUUAGAAACAGAUGACAAGACAGCUCUUUCAGCAAAGUUCAGGGAAAGGCUUGAACCAAAUAGGGAGAAAUGCCCUCCUCAUGUCUUACAAGUCAUAGAAGAAGAGCUCACGAAGUUGCAGCUGUUGGAAGCCAGUUCUAGCGAGUUCAAUGUGACUCGUAACUAUCUUGAUUGGCUUACUGCUUUACCAUGGGGAAAUUACAGUGAUGAAAAUUUUGAUGUUCACCGUGCCCAAAUGAUUUUGGAUGAGGAUCAUUAUGGUUUGACUGAUGUCAAGGAGAGAAUACUGGAGUUUAUAGCGGUUGGAAAAUUAAGAGGAACCUCACAAGGUAAAAUUAUAUGUCUUUCUGGUCCUCCCGGUGUUGGUAAGACUAGCAUUGGUCGUUCUAUUGCUCGUGCCUUAAAUAGGAAGUUCUAUAGAUUUUCUGUCGGUGGCUUGGCUGAUGUGGCUGAGAUAAAGGGACAUCGUCGCACAUAUAUUGGUGCAAUGCCAGGGAAGAUGGUGCAAUGCCUAAAGAAUGUGGGAACAUCCAACCCACUAGUUCUAAUUGAUGAGAUUGAUAAAUUGGGAAGAGGACAUGCUGGUGAUCCAGCUAGUGCAUUGUUAGAGCUGCUUGAUCCCGAGCAAAAUGCAAAUUUUCUGGACCACUAUCUUGAUGUCCCUAUUGACCUAUCCAAGGUUUUAUUUGUUUGCACAGCAAAUGUGGUUGAGAUGAUACCAAAUCCUUUGUUGGAUAGAAUGGAGGUGAUUGCUAUUGCUGGUUAUAUUACUGAUGAAAAAGUCCAUAUUGCAAGGGACUAUUUGGAGAAGGCUACUCGUGAAGCAUGUGGCAUCAAUCCAGAUCAAGUGGAAGUGACGGAUGCUGCUCUACUUGCACUAAUCGAAAAUUAUUGCAGAGAAGCUGGUGUCAGGAAUCUUCAAAAACAAAUAGAGAAGAUAUACCGCAAGAUAGCUCUGAAAAUUGUUCGUCAAACCAUGCCAAGUGAGUCAUCUACAGAUAAGAUUGAGGGCAAUGACUCCCAGACCGAGGUUGCUGAAAUCGUAUCCAAAAAGGAUGAUGAAGUAAUAGAAACUAACAAGGCACAAGAAGACGUUCCGGCUACUAAAGAUGUAAUCGAAACUAACAAGGCGCAAGAAGAUGUUCCUUCUGAUAAUGCUGAACAACCAGUGGAUUCAAAGGAAAAUGAGAGUGCAACUGUCAAUAUGGAGAAAGUUGUGAUCGAUGUUCCUAACCUUCAUGAUUAUGUCGGCAAGCCAGUAUUCCAUGCAGAGCGAAUAUAUGAUCAGACACCGUUGGGAGUUGUGAUGGGUCUAGCUUGGACCGCGAUGGGUGGCUCAACACUGUAUAUUGAAACCACCUUAGUUGAGCAAGGCGAUGGGAAAGGCGCGCUUCAUUUGACAGGCCAGCUUGGAGAUGUCAUGAAGGAGAGUGCUCAAAUAGCUCACACUGUUGCCAGAGCCAUAUUGCAAGAGAAAGAACCGGAGAAUCCAUUCUUCGCAAACUCCAAGCUCCAUCUACAUGUUCCGGCCGGUGCAACCCCGAAGGAUGGACCAAGUGCCGGGUGCACCAUGAUUACCUCAUUGUUAUCUCUUGCCUUAAAAAAGCCUGUGAAGAGGGACCUGGCAAUGACCGGUGAAGUAACAUUGACUGGUCGUAUUCUCCCAAUCGGCGGGGUCAAGGAGAAAACAAUUGCUGCCCGAAGAAGUGGCGUGAAGACUAUUAUUUUCCCGGAAGCCAACCGGAGGGACUUCGAUGAGCUCGCUGAGAAUGUAAAAGAAGGGCUUGAUGUCCAUUUUGUCGACGACUACAGCCAGAUAUUUGAGCUGGCAUACGGAAAUGAUGAGGAUAACUCAGAACAAAGUUCUUGAUUCCAUGUUGUCUUUGUCAUCGUUCACACAACACACAUUACUUAUUGAUAGGAACUGGUAGUCAAUCAGAAAAACAUAAGUUUUGCAACAUUAAAAACAGAAUCCAUUGUUUUAAGCUUCUCUUAGUUCUUGAUCUCAAUAGCUAAUAAACAUCGAGUUUCUUGCCCCGGGCAUGAUUGUUCUUUAUCAUUGUUUUCUUUCUUUUACUGUCAUUUGUAAAAUUCAGACCAACAUUUUGUAUUGGUUACAAGCUCAUUUUCAAGUGGUUAAGUUAAAUGUUACAUUGAA